GACCAAAUAUUCCAGUUCUCUCUGGCCCUAUCCUCACUUGACUCACACAAUGAUACAACAUCUGUAGCCCCCCCCUUUUUGCCAAGCGUAUUGGUACAGUCCAAUCUUCCCACAGGACUGCUGCUUCACCUGGAUGUUGCUAGAAUGUUCCUUUUUGGGUAAGGGGGGGGGGGUCUGUGAGAAUCCUAACUGCGUGGGUGUUGGAUUAAGACGCUGCAGCAUCAAAAAGGAUUCAAUCUAAGAGAAGCAACAGCAGAGAGCGACCUAGUGUCAGUCCUUUCAUUUUGACUGCAAGUACAUCUGGGCAACAAGGAUACAUACAAGAGGAUACAAUAACAAAAGGAAAGCAGAGCUUCUUUGACUGGAGCAGAGAGAUAAAUAAACCCUGGUAGUAUCUGCUGCAGACACCGAACACAGCCAUUAUGACCCAGGGCAAGCUUUCAGUCACGAACAAGGCUGCUGAAGCAGGAGAGAAGCAGUAUGGCACUUCAAGUGGAGAAGCUGGAGGGCCACCGGCCCCUCCCACCUAUGAGGAGGCCACUGGCACAAGUGAGAAAGCAGGCCUCAGCGGCAGCCCCUGUUACAGUGGGGCUUAUCCUAGUGACGGGGAAAUGCUAACAGAAUUCAGCUGGAGUGAUAAAAACAUCCGGCGGAUCUUUAUCCGCAAGGUUUACUCCAUCUUGAUGAUCCAACUUCUUGUCACUCUUUCCAUAGUGGCUCUCUUCACAUUCUGUGAACCAGUAAAGAACUACAUUCAGUCCAACCCUGGAUGGUACUGGGCUUCUUAUGCUGUAUUCUUUGUCACAUACAUUACACUCGUCUGCUGUCCUGGACCAAGGAGACAGUUUCCAUGGAAUCUGAUCCUGCUCGCCGUCUUUACCCUGUCUCUCUCCUAUAUGACAGGGAUGCUAUCCAGUUAUUACAACACCAAGUCAGUGGUGAUGUGUCUGGGUAUUACUGCUAUGGUCUGUUUAACCGUCACUCUCGUCAGCUUCCAAACUAAGUUUGACGUGACCUCAUGCCAAGGCGUAUUGUUUACCUUCUGCAUGGUCAUGAUGGUGUCUGGACUGGUCUUGGCCAUCGCCCUGCCCUACGGAUAUGUGCCCUGGGUGCAUGGUGUCUAUGGUGUCUUGGGAGCGUUACUGUUUACCAUGUUCUUGGCGUUUGACACACAGCUUCUGAUGGGGAACAAGCGCUACACAAUAAGUCCAGAGGAAUACGUCUUUGCCACUCUCAACAUCUACCUAGAUAUUAUCUACAUCUUCUCCUUCUUCCUGUCUCUGUUCGGAACAGAGAGGACAAACUGAAUCCACCUCCAGGCCAGCAUCGCAGAUCACCAUCUACACAGGAUCCGUAUUCAUAGUCUCAAAUGGCAUUUUCACAUGUAGCCAAAUUCUGAUCAUUUUUCACUAAUUGCUAUUUUGACCAAUUAGAUCAGCUCUGAAACAUGUCUGAUGUGAAAAGAUCAGAUGUGAUUGGUCAAAAUACCAAUUAGUGGAGAAAAGAUCUGAAUUGGGCUGCAGCCUCAGAGUAGUAGUGCUGAUCUAGGAUUUGCCAUUUAGAUCAUAGUAUUAUAUACAGGGGGAAUCUGAUCCUAGAUCAGCAUUAUCAGCUAUAAAUGCAGGCUCUGAUCUCACCAUCAUUAUGUACUGUACACAACCCAUUGAUCCUUGAUCUACCACCUCCUCCCACAGUCUCUGCCCCGUCUAGCAUGAUAUGGACCUAUACUACUGUACCAGUAUUGAGUUUUUAGCUUGUCUGUUAAGCUGUUGAUCUCAGCACUAAUGUACAGCAGUUUUCACCCAUAGGGUCACAGAUCUAUCGAUUUACAUUGCUCACAGUAGACAGAUGUAAAAGAAAAAAUAACAUGCAAAAAUACUGAGUCUAAAAUCUAUAACUGACCAUAUGUGUUUGUUUCAUGCAGAUGUGAUGUCCUUGUUCUCCUAUCUUUUAACAACAACAGUCAUCUAUGACACUGCUCUAAAGGAGAUCCCCUCUUAUCACUCCUGAACACAUGAAUAUCAGAAUCACCUUUAUUCGCCAACUACAUUUAAAUAUACCCGGGAUUUGAUUCAGUUAAAUGGUGGUGAAAAGGAUCCUUUCCGAUUGGCUUGAAGGGCAUUCUAGAGUGCGCAUUAUUUCCCUAUAAUGCACAGUAUAUUUGCAUGGUAGAAUUCAAUGGCUAUAUUUAAUUUUACAUGUUUUGUUUGAGCUGCUUUUUAAAGCAAAAGUCAAAAUGAAAACAGUAUUGCUAUUGUUGAAUUUGAUUUUCAUAAUAACUAGUACUAAUGGUUUGAGCGUUCUCUGGCACUCCAGGAUGGAACGCCGUUUGAGUCUUUGCGUGUCAAAAAAGAUAAUAAUACUAUUGCAUUGGUGCUAGCUAGGUACCCCAGAAGUUGCUAAUAACAGAUGUAUCAAAGAUAUUUGCAAACAUUUUUGAUCCUGCUCUUUUGAUCCUGAUCUAAUUUGAAAUGCUCACACAGACGUUUUCCCAUUCGGUCGAACAAAUAAUGACUUAUUACCAACGCAGUAUUGUACAGCUUUGACAGUGAACGUAAUGGUAGCGCUUGGCUUGCACGUGCAAAUUCAGCACACACAACAAACAUUCCAUAAUGAAUUGUGUUAUUUGACGUGUCAAAUUAAAAGCUUAUUUGACCGUGUAUAUUUUUUGACACACAAAGACCCAAACGGUGUUCCAUACUCCAGAGUGAAUUUGCAAAUGCACCCUUCAUCAGUGAUUUUAAAUUUACAUUUAACCUUUAUUUACCUAAGCAAGUUAUUUAAGAACAAAUUCUUAUUUACAAUGACGGCAUACCCUGGCCAAACCCAGACAACACUGAGCCAAUUGUGCGCCGCCCUAUGGGACUCCCAAUCACGGCCAGAUGUGAUACAGCCUGGAUACUGGUACUCAAAGCUCUUUAUAUAGUAGAGAGGAACCAGGGACUGUCGUGACACUGAGAUGCAGUGCCUUAGACCACUGCGCCACUUGGGAGCACUUCGAGUACAGAUGUAGGAUCUUAAUAUGAUCACCCUGUUGCAGGAGAACCUUCCGGCAAUGUAGAAAAUGUAAAACUUGUAGUGUGUUUGUGUUGUAAAAUGUAUUAGGGAGUUUGUCAUUUGAAAAUGGAUCAACCCCUACAGAAAUGUCCAUUAAUUAUAAUCCACAUAAUAAUUCACAUUUCCUGUUGCUGCAGGAUUAUUUUCCUGCUGCAGGAAACUGGCUCAAAUUAAGAUCCUACAUCUGUACAAUGUACGAGCACCUUUUGAUGACCCUCAGCUUUAGACCUCUAUAAAUGGCACCUGUGCACAAUAUGUCUGUGGUUUGUUGUUUCUCUAAUGUCUGUCCUCCCGUCUGUCAGCUCUUAGCCUACUGGUUGAAAUCUCAAACGAACGUAAGAUCCAGAGUAUGCAGGCAAUUUAAUCCAAUUCUGAAUAAAUUUGCAUGUGGGCUAAUUGCUAGGCUUUCCAUAGCUGCUUUAAAUCAAGUUGCACUUAAACUGGAGAUGCAAUCCUGUCUAUAUGAUGAGCCAUAGUCCAAUGAUGUCCAAUGAUGUCAGUUGGGGUUUCACCACUCGACCCUGGUUGGCUGCUAUGAAGUUCUAAUUUAUUUAUAGAUGGUCUAAACCAAUGACUUCAUACCCAUUCUUUGCUGAGCAUAUUUUGGGGGUCAAUCUGGACAACUUUUAAAAUGUAGGGUUGUGGUAAAUGUAUUUGCUCCAGAUGUUAUAAGUUCAUGACUGAACUUUGUGGUUGUUACUGUUUUUAUAGAGACCGAAAGAGUUAUAUUUUGUAAAAUCAAAAAAUGCUAAUUAUUGUAAAAGUUAAUCAUUUUGAAUAUUGUGACUAAAAAUAGUUAAUCAUGCUUGCAAAAUAACUGAUGUGUACAUGACAAAAAUAAUAGCACAUUGUAUUCGACCUGAAAAAUAGGAAACAUACAGAACCAGUCAAAAGUUUGGACACACCUACACAUUCAAGGGUUUUUCUUUAUUUUUACUAUUUUCUACACUGUAGAAUAAUUGUGAAUACAUCAAAACUAUGAAAUAACACAUAUGGAAUCAUGUAGUAACCAAAAAAGUGUUCAACAAAUCAAAAUAUAUUUUAGAUUUUAGAUUCUUCAAAGUAGCCACCCUUUGCCUUGAUGACAACUUUGCACACUCUUGGCAUUAUCUCAACCAGCUUCACCUGGAAUGAUUUUUCAACAUUA